UUUCUCCUUUACUUGCCGCCCCAUUCUCUAGAAAAACAGCUACCCAUGGCUGUUUCAUCUCUGUUCUAAAUCAUUUCAUUCUUCUUUUUUUUUGCCCAAAAAUCAAAAAAAUUAUACAGAGCAAAGCCAUAGCACCACAAAGAUUCUGUCUUUUUCCCCAUUUGCUUUCAUUUUCUCUUUAUUUUUUCCUUUUCGUUUUCCAUCUCCCUGGUCCAAGCUGGAUAGUAUCACCUUAAUUAUCUCUGCUAGAAAUAGAAAUCGCUUUACACCUGACUUGCUCAGCCACUUCUUUUUUGUUCACUAGAUUCAUCUCCGUCUUCAGAUUCUUCUGCGAUUUUCAAUUUUCCAACUUUUGAGGAAUUUUUGACAAAGAAGUUAAGAAAAAAAAAUGGGAUCUUUAAUGGAAAUUGGUGUCCGGACCAGGAAAUUGGCAAUAGUUUCGAUCAAGGCUUGUUUCAGAUCAGCUAGAUACCAUCCUUUUCUUGUGGGUAUGGUGUUGUUUUUGAUGUUUAUGUACAGAUCAUUUCCUUUUCUGUUUUCUUUGUUGUUGUCUGCUUCCCCUGUUUUGGUCUGUACUGCUAUUUUGCUUGGGACCCUUUUGAGUUUUGGGCAGUCCAACGUACCCGAAAUCGAAAAGGAGGAGAAGAUUACACAAGAUGUUGUUUCUCUUAAAGCUGGGGUUUCUGGGAAUGGUACCAUUGUUGUUGAGAAAGAUGAGAGCUUUGUCAUAGAAAGAUAUGUUGAAGAUGAUAGAGGAGGAGUAGGGGGUUUAGUAGAGAAGUCUUUUGAAGAUACAAGGUCAUUGGAUGAAAGGGUCAGGGUUGAGUUGGAGACUGAUGUUGAUUCUCUUGAUCGUGUGCCUCUCAUUGAUGAGACUUCAAGGGGAAUUCAUACUGAGAAGGGAGAGAUUGAGGAAGUGGAGAGAGAAUUUGUUGGUUUUCAGUUUGAAAAGAAGAGGGAAAUAUUUGAUGAGGAACUGAGGGUUGAAGGGGUUUUGAGUGAUGAGAGAGCUGUUGAGAAUGAGUAUUCUUUGGUUCAAGAUUUGGGGGAUGAGAUUCUUUUGAAGGAAUUCGCUAAAUCGCUUGAAGAGUCUAUCAGUGCUCACAAGGAAGAUCACUUGGAGUCCUCUCUGCCUGCUGGUGGUGAUGAUGAAGCUGGUAAGGAUGAGGACGAGGAUGAUGAUGAUUCUUCGUAUUCGGAGUCUGAUAGGGCGGAGAGUUCGUCACCUGAUGCUUCAAUGGCUGACAUAAUUCCACUGCUUGAUGAACUACACCCUCUUUUAGAUGAAGAAGCUCCACUGGCUCGUCAUAUAUCCCAUGGUGAUUCUGAUGGUGCAUCCGAGCACUCUCAUCAAAGCGGCGAUAGUGUUGAGUCUGAUGCAGAAUCUGAAAACCAUAGAGAUGAGGUAGAAGAGGAUGGUGCCGAGGACAAUGACGAUGACGAAGAACCACAUGUUGGCAAGGAGGAUGAAAGUAAGUCUGCAAUCAAAUGGACAGAAGACGACGAAAAGAAUCUUAUGGACUUAGGGACUUCAGAACUUGAAAGGAACCAACGUCUGGAGAAUCUCAUUGCAAGGAGAAGAGCACGAAAAAGCUUCAGAUUAUUGGCUGAGAAGAAUUUAAUCGAUUUUGAUAGUGUUGAUCUUCCUUUCAACGUUGCACCAAUUUCGACAGCCAGACAGAAUCCUUUUGAUGGCCCCUUUGAUUCCUAUGAACAUUUGGGCUUACCACCAAUUCCUGGCUCUGCUCCUUCUAUUUUGUUGCCAAGAAGAAAUCCCUUUGAUCUUCCUUAUGACUCUACUGAAGAGAAACCUGAUCUGAAAGGAGACAAUUUUGAGCAGGAGUUUUUGCCAUUUCACCAAAAAGACAUGUUUCGCAGGUAUGAAAGUUUCACCAUGGGACCAUCAGGCUUGGGAAAUUCCAGGCAAGAGAAGCAAAACAUUAAGUGGAAGCCUGUUUUCGUGCCAGAACGAAUGGCUUCGGAAGGAACAAGCUAUCCAUCAUUCCAGAGGCAAUCAAGUGAACUUAGUGAUUCAAAGUUGAGCUCAGUUCCUGAUACAGAAUCCGUGACUUCAUUAGCGGAUGCAGAUGAGAAGAGGCUCAUUGAGCAAGAUUUUUCUAAAGAUGCUGAACUACUCUCCACCAUUUACCAGGCUUCUGAUCUUCUCGAACGGGGAAGUCGAUCCUCUGAAGAUGUAGAGACGGUGGAUAUGGUGCAGGCUUCUGCAAGAGAUAUUCAACAUGAUGAUGAAGUCGAAAUAGAUUUAGGGGAAGUGGAAGAUCACCAUGAAAUUGACCUGAAUGUGUCUGAAACAGGAGAGACAGCUGGUCAUGUGGAACCAGAACAAGUUGGCAGGGAAGAUUACAGUAGCAGAUCUAGCUUAUCUUCAUUAUCAGAAGUGGAUGACCCAAUUACCGAUAUGAAAAAUAAGGACGAUUCAACAAGUUUUAGGGUAGGGGGUGAUCUUGUUGACGAUUCUGUCAUUUCGGCAGAACGUUCUUUGGAGAACUCACAAUUCCAAAUCAUAAGUGGGGUGGUUGAGGACAAUCAGAUUAAGGACCCUGUUUAUGAUAUAAGCCCCCCAACAGCUGAAAGGUUACUCUCUUUGUCUGAUUCUUCGGACUUGCAAGAAGAAAUGUCUGAUAUAGUUAAAUCUCCCACCUCAGCAGAAAAUUCUGUUUCGUUUGAAUACCGAGAGUCUGAAGUGCGUGAUGAGAGAAUAGAGAAGGAUAUGCCUGUUUGUGAAGAGAUGGUUUCUUCUUCUUCUAAGGUAGAUGCAGCAGAAGAAAUUCCAUUGGACUCAGGAGAAGUUCUAGAGUCCAGUGAGUUUAAGGAUUCAAAGGUUGCUUUAUCAGGGGUUGGUCCGGAAGAUAGUGAUCAAAGCGAAUCUGUAGAGCCUGAAGCUUCACUUGUGCAUGUUACAGUUGAAUCAGGUUCAGUUUCUUCGGAGGUUCUAAUAAGAAAUGUUGAUAAUAUAAAUGAGGAAAGCGAAAUUCCUGAUGAGCAUGAUCAUGUCUGCUCGUCAAAUCGUGAUGUUGAAAAUCCCAUUGCAGUGCCCCAAACUGAAGAUGAGAAAUUGGAUACAGCGGCUUUAAGUGAUCAGAUAUCUUUGGAAGAUCUAGUUGCUCCUGCACAACUGGAACAUCAGUCUUCAACUGUUGCUGAGCGGGCGUCGGUUUGCUCCAAUCUGUCUUCUUUAGAAUCUGAAUCUCUUGUGGAACAUCUAGUGGCUCAAGAAGAAAUGGUUCAUCUUGAUCAGGAUCAAAUCCAUUUAGAUGGUUCUUCUGAAAGAUCAUUGGUGGAAGAGACAUUCAAAGAUGAAAUCAUUCACCCUGAAGAGAAUCAAGUCCAGUCACUGAUUUCUGAUUCAGAGAUUCAAGCUGAGAGCUCCCAGGAUUUGGCUUUGCAAUUGAAUAUGCUGGAAUCCACGUACCAGCAUUCACCUCGCAAUGAUUUAACUCUUGUUGGUUUAGAGAAAGCUUCUGUGAUCCAUCCAUGUUCAUUUGAGAAUGACCAUAAAAUGGAGCAGCCAAUACAUGAGGAAGAAAUUACUCAGGCUAAACAGGACCAACUUCACUCGUCAUAUUCUGAUGCAAACGAUGGCGGUGAAGUCAGGGACUUUGAUUUGAUGGUGGCUUCUUCAAGUACUGAUUAUGAAGACAUGGCUUUUGCAGAAAAGUCUCCAUCAGAAUUGGAGAAAGAGCAACCUGUGGUAGAUGCAUGUGCUGGUGAUCAUGGUAUACUUAAUGAACCAGCUAUUAUCGAGGAAAAGACUAAUGAGGAUUCAAGCGUCCAUGGUGAUGCUUGUGAUCUUGUGGACAAAGUUUCGACCAACUUAUCUUUUGAGGCUUCUAAUUCUGCUGCAAUUCCAUGUGACAUUCUUGAAUACAAACCCUUCGCUAGUGAAAUUGUUCUGAAGGAUGGCAUCCUCGGUGGAAAUGAAAAUGAUAACGACACUCAGCUCGUGGAACACUUUGAUUAUGAACCAAAAGCCCAUGUUGAACAAGAAUAUAUCAAGGAAGAGGUUGAUGAAAUAAAGGAUAUUGAUGAAGAGUUACUGUCUGAGUUGGAUACAGUUGGGGACUUCAGUGUGAAAGAUUUUGAUGAGUCACUCCGUUCCGAGCUGAUACUAGAGCACGCUAAUGUUGGAAAUACCAACCCUGAACUGAUGUUAUUUCCCAGUAAUUUAAACCUGACAGAAACAAGCUCGGUACUACCGGUUCUUGAAGCAAGAUCGCUUAAUGAUAUUGACUUGGCUUUUAAGCAACUUCAUGAGGGAGCAGAUGUUGAGGAAGUCAUUCUUCCUAGUGUAAUUGAGGAACAGCAAAUCCUGGAAUAUAUUAAAAGUUCCCCCGAAACCACUUCUAAUUUGGACGUCGUUGAAGCUCGAUCUUUGGAUGAUAUUCACAUGGCUAUGAAGCAAGUCUCGGAAAGUAGUUCUUACGAGCUUUCAACACCCUUGCACUCUGGGAAUACAUCAGCUGAAGUUGGAGUAAAUGAAGCGAGUUCCCUAGAAACCACUUCUAAUUUGCAAGUCGCUGAGGCUCGAUCUUUCGAUGAUGUUCACAUGGCUUUGAAGCAAGUCUCUGAAAGUAGUUCUGAUGAGCUUCCAACACCCUUGCACUCCAAGAAUAAAUCAGCUGAAGUGGGAGUAAAUGAAGUGAGUUCUUCCGCUGAAGUGGAAUCAGACAACAUAACAUCUGGCGUCAAAGAAGGUAGCUCGACUGCUUCUGAUGAACCGAAACAUGAAUCCUUAAUUGUUGCUGAUGAACCAAAACAUGAAUCCUCAACUGCUUCUGAUGAACCAAACCAUGGCUCCAACAUCUCAAUGGAUAAUCCAAAGGCAACCACGGACGACGGUAAAGAUAAGCCAAGUCCUCAUAAAGCAAAGUCUGGUUCCAGCUCCAGCUCCAGCUCCAGCUCGAGCUCGAGCUCAAGUGAUUCUGAGUGAGAACAAAAGUGGUGAAACGAUUUUUUUAUUUUUUAUAUCUUUUUGGUGGUUUUCUUUCAUAGUUAUGAGUUUCAUUUGGUCUCAUUUUUUGAUCUUGGUAGUGUGGUUUUCUUUGGUAUUUUUUGAUUGAUCAACAUCUUCUUCAAGAAUGAGUUUUGGUUUGAUUUCUUGAGGUUUGACAAUGUGAGGGUGAGCUGUUCAGUUUUAUUGAGAAAAAUGUUUAUAGUUGUUGAUAUUGUACUAUGUACUAUGUACAUUGUAUUUUUUUUGGAUGUAGAUGUUGAGAUUUUGAUCUUUUCUAAAACUUGUUUUCUGCAAA